AUGACAUUUGAUUUUUAUGUUUUGAGUGUGAGGGAAGAAAAGACUGUGGAGUGGCUGCACGUGGAGGAGGGGCUGAGCGACAAGCCGAGAGUGUACCAGGGCGUCCGCGUGAAGACCACUGUCAAAGAGCUGCUGCAGAGGCACAGAGCCCGCGAGGCCAACAGUAAAAAACUCAAAACGAUAUCCCAGGCUUGUCUGGAGCUUCAGGAUCUUUGCGCGUCCACUUUGCCAAACUUCGUCCCGUCACCUCGCUAUGUGGACCCUCCUCCCGCCGCCACCACCGCCACCACCAUCACCACCAUCACACCAGCGGACGCGAGCAGCAGCUGUGGUGCGCGAGCCCUCCAGCUGCGCACCGCCCCGUACCCGGUCCCUGCCACUAAUAGCGCGUGCAACACCACCCAGAUGCAGGGGGACACGUUUAACGACAUCCAGCAGCAGUUUGGGGACGUGAUGUUGCCCGGCAACUGCUACAGUAACAGCAGCAGCAACAACAACAUCGGCGGCGGCGGCGGCUACAACACCUCCCUGCCUCCCCCUCCUGCCUUCCCGCUGCCCUGGUGCCACGGUCUCUCCUCAGAUGCGGAUUACUAUGGGAAUGGGAUGGCUCCCUGCUCCUCGCCAGAGUUGCUGAAGCUCUGCAGCCCCGUGGAUCACAACAGCUACUCGCCGCAGGACUCUUUCUCCUCCUCCUCCUCCUCCUGCUACGACUCGCCCACCAGGAUGGAGUCCAGCUACCACGGCUUCCCCUCAGAGCACUACCACUACCAACACUGCACCCUCCAGGACUGUUACUGCCUGCCCCACUGUUGGCCGGGGCAGCAGGAGAGCUACUCUGCCCCCGAGUUCACUCCGUACUACAACCCCUCAGACUAUCCCUACGCCUGUCCCGGGGAGGAGAACUAUUUCAAGAGGGAUUUGCAGAUGAGCUCUGAGAUGUGUUACAAUGUGCUAUGAUGAGACUCGCUGUCUCCUCGCUGUAAAUACGAUCCCCUUUGCUUUUCAGUGUGCUCUUGUUGGCUUGUGCUUUGGUGGAGUGAAGAUGAUGAAUGCUGAAUGGAUGGAAAAGCUGAUAUUUUUGUAUUGAUUACUGUUUUUUUUUUUUUUUUACUAUUUAGAUUUAUUUUCAUACACAUAACUUG